ACUUAUCAUUUAUCUCUCUAUCGGUGUGUUGAUAGUUUUGUACCACCUAGUAACUACUACUAGUAAAAAAUCACAAUGGCUACGGUUUUUGUCAAGUUGACUUUUUUGUUGAUUGUUUUUGAGCUGACUGCUGCAAAUGACUGCAAUCUUUCCAAUAAACAAAUGAAAAAGAUGGUAAAGAAGUACAAAAAGAAAUGUCUCAAUCUUGGAUUUACUUCAAACCUUGGGUGUGCGUCCUCAUCUGAAUUGAAAUUGAAAAAGAAGGGAAAAAAGAAAUGUUCUGCUAUGGAAAGAAAACUGGAAAGCUGUAACUACGAAUGCAAAGUUGAUGGAGGAUACAGUGCUUUUGGAGAUUGGUCUAAGUGCUCUGCUGAGUGUGACGGAGGAACCCAAACCAAAACCAGACAAUGUAACGACCCUGCUCCCAGUAAUGGUGGUAAAGAAUGUGAAGGAGACGAUUCCGAAACUCAAACAUGUAACGAAGACCCUUGCCCAGUUGAUGGAGGAUACAGUGCUUUUGGAGAUUGGUCUAAGUGCUCUGCUGAGUGUGACGGAGGAACCCAAACCAAAACCAGACAAUGUAACGACCCUGCUCCCAGUAAUGGUGGUAAAGAAUGUGAAGGAGACGAUUCCGAAACUCAAACAUGUAACGAAGACCCUUGCCCAGGAGAAAAUGUAGUGUACACUAUCAUGUACACUAUCAUACAACAAGCCAGUACUGGUCAAUCUCACGGAGGAACUACAAGCGGCGGCUAUCUUUUUACCCUGAUCGGAUCUGAGGGUGAAACCGGCCCACACGACUGCUCGGCAGACCGUUCUGAAGGAUCUCAAAGUCAGUGCUCCUUUGAAGAUGAUACAAAUAUCGGGCAACUCUUUAGAGUGGAUAUCGAGAACACAAGCGCCAACACCUGGGUUUUUGUUAACAUGGCUGUGGAGGUAGAUGGAGUUGUAGCGGGAAGAUGGCACGGUAGCAUGACGGUCGGUGAUUACGGCGGUACGCGUACAAAAACCAUCAGCUUGAAUACGAACAUAGUGUACACUAUCAUACAACAAACCGGUACUGGUCAAUAUGACGGAGGAAAUCCAAGCGGCUAUCUUUUUACCCUGAUUGGAACUGAGGGUGAAACCAGCCCACACGACUGCUCGGCAGACCGUUCUCAAGGAUCUCAAAGUCAAUGCUCCUUUGAAGAGUUUAAAAAUAUUGGGAUACUCAAGACAGUAAAGAUCAAAAACACAACCGCCAACACCUGGGUUUUUGUUAACAUGACUGUGAAGGCAGAUGGAGUUGUAGCGGGAAGAAUAUGGUACCGUCGCACGACGGUCGGUGAUUACCUUACAAAGACGAUCAGUUUUUGAACGAAUGAUAUUUAAAAUAUAAAAUACGAUGCAUGCUUAGCCUUACUGUUUUACAAUUAAUGUCUGAUAUUUCUCAUAUACAAAUACUGCAGUGCAGUGGCGUAACGAAGG